AUGGCUACUUUUCGCUGGCAAAUGAAGGAUGAUAUUGCACUGCUUGCUUGGAUUGACUUCUGCAAGCAAGAGAAAGUGGAACCCAGUGAGGGCAUACUCAAUUUUAUGGUUUUGUUCCAUGGCGUCCCGAGCCGUGAUGCAGUAAAAGAACAUCUAAGGGUGCUAUGGAAGAGAUACAAUGAUCAGAGUGAUGAUUCAGACCAGGCGAUGAAGCUCGUUGGUGUGCUAAGUAAAGGUUCCGCAUAUAUGACCAAGCUUCCAGGAGGAAUGCAUGAAGGCAUUAGAAUAUUAGUCGACCAACACACCAGCAAUGCGACAAGCCUGCUCAUUACAAAAGUGAUGAAAGACAUACAAACGCAGAAAACGGCCACAGGUCAAUCGAAAGCGCAUCCUCUAGAAGAAGAGGGUAAGAGGGGAGUAAAGCGAGGCAAGCAAGUGGAAAAAGCAGACCAGAGUCCUCCCCCUUCCAAAAAAGCUCGCUCGAGCACGGCUGAAUCAUCUACGAAAGCCAUUGAAGAAAUCGCCGCGAAUCGAGUGGAGAAAUCUCGAUCAUCUGUCGGAAAACCGGCGACCACUUCAACUAAGACUAAAGAUGGUGCUGCUAGGUCCAAUGGCAAGGAGACCAUCCGAACCAAGCCUGACGCGUUCUCGACCGACCUAGGUAACCAAAAUACGAAUGAAAAUAUCUGGUUGAAACACUUGAGGGCUUUGGAGAACAAGUAUAACCGGGAAAUAGCUCAAAUGCAAGAGCUGUGGCAAGCAGAGGCCGAAAAGCUCAGUAUGAGGGAAGCCGAAGCCCAAAUGACAAUCAGAGAUCUGAGGGCAGAAUUAAAACACCUGGAUGAAGCACGAAAGGCUCGCCAAGAUGAAGGACGGAAGACUCAAGAAGAAGAUGCGAAUGUCUCACGGGAAACCCGGCAAUUUGAGGAUUUGGAGGAAAUAUGUCGGUUGGCCAAAGAAAACAGAGAAAUGCACAAGUUUGCAACUUUUGCCGAUAUGAAUUCAUCAGGAAGCCUACAUCUAGGGCACGAUACCGCGGAUGAUGCGAUGGAUCAAAUACAGUUCGGACUCUCUUCAAUUUCUUACCAUUGCAGUACUACCGGUCUUCUUUUUCCCAGAGUAUUUGCAAUAUCAGGGGACUUGCGUAACCUGACACUUUCGGCAUUUAGUAGCGAUAUUGAAACGACUAUUGGUAGAAAUGACGUCCAGACCAUCUUGAAGAAGUUCGACGCACACACCUGCAUUAGAGUUCUUGUAUUGGCUGCACUCAGAGACUGGGUAUUUAUGUCGAGGUUUCCCAACCUAGCAUCUUCGAAUCCCCAUAUUCUCUCGAGUUAUAGACACAUUAUCUCUAGCUUAGAUGGGAAAGACAAGCUUUAUCGCUUGGACAUGGCAGCUCAUCGCACCAUCGUCGAAGGAAAACGGUUUAAGGAAAAGUCAAUACACAGAAGAGCCAUGGAUCUUGCGGACAGAUUUUCCAAUGCAGUAGCUCCCUUGUUCGCAGCAACAUUAGACAGUGUAGGAGAUGGACUAUUCCAUACUUGGGGAGAGCAUACGGAAUUUUGUAAAGACAGACGAGCACAUUUGCAAGAAAUCUUCCAAGCAGCCUUAACCUUGAAAGCAGAUUCCGUGGUCACUAAAUAUCGGUAUGAAUUCGCACUAUAUCUAGUGGGAAUAACAUUUGUGGGGGAUACCUCGGAUUUGAAAGAAUCGGAAAAGCCCAAGAAUGGAGAUAAUUGGAUUCUUGCAUCGUUUCACGUGUAUGAUCCUAUAAUUGUCGGCAAUACUAACGAGACCACGCUGGUGCAGACAGAAAAUUUUGUGAAGGCUUCGGGAAAAAUUGCUGAGGCAAAGUACAGAAGUUGUACAGAGUGCGGAGAAUGUGGCAGAAGAUUCAGUCGCGCCUCUGCCCUGCGUAAGCACCAAAAGGCCGAGCAUAGCGAAUACCGUGCAUCGAGAAUUGGAGAGCAGAUCAUCGAGCAAGCGCAUACGCAGCCGCAGGUGAGUGCCACAGUGGACCGGGAGAGUGGUCGAUACCAUGAAGAGAUUUUGGCUCCUGUAGCCAGGAAUUUCAGCCCAACACAUCAGCGCACUGAUCAUAAUCCCGGAAACCAGCUAGUGGAAGUGCAACAAGCUUCCUCCGCGAUUGCACCCCAGGAUAGGCCUGCAAAAUUUUGCCGCAAUGAACUCGAGCAGAGAAUUGUUGAAAGCGAAACCGUGCACGCCGAGGCAAGAUGCGAGCUUUGUGGAAAACUAUUUUCGAAUAGAGAUAGUUUACGACAUCAUAAUAAAAAUAGUAGAGUCACUGUCAAGAGCGUCUUAUAUGGUAAACGUCGUUACAAGAAAACUCCCCGCAAUGAAGCAGAAGACUCAGACGCAGACGACAUUCUCUCUCCAUCCGAGAUUACGAAAACAGCGCGAGCCCAAAGAAGAAGAUAUACUAGAUCUUCCGAUAGAGCUGAAGCAAGGAUGACUAAUAGCCAGGAAUCACCAGUCCGACGCGGUGCAAGACGAAGUAAGACUCCUGUAAUAGAAGAAUGA